CAAAGAAGAUCCCACUUUCGCCGAUAUGAUCAUCAAAGACCAGUUGAUUAAAUUCCUGUCCAAUCAGAAGCCACACAUUCGCUACAACUGUUGUCUUCUGAUCCGAAAGCUGUUCACCGAUUUAGAGGAUAUGGAUCUCGAGGUCUACGAGAAACUCAAGAGAUCAUUAUUGGAUAGACUUCGGGAUAAGGAUAAGUUGAUCCGAAGCGCAGCCGCUCUCGCGUUGCAUCGCUUUCAAGAAUCGGACAAACGGUCGGAUCUGGUGAGCGAUGCGCUCCGGUUUCACUUGAGAACGGAUCCCGACUUUCGUGUCCGACAAUCGUGUCUUCAAUCCCUGUCCCCAACCAUCGCCUCAAUCGAUGAGUUUAUUAACUCUACCCGUGAUGUCAAAGACAUCAUUAGAAAGACCGCCUUCACAUUAAUUGCCGACAAAUUUGAUAUAAAGAACUACGGAAUCGAUAAACGACUGCAGAUAUUGAAGAACGGGAUGAAUGAACGCCACGCGGCCGUCAGGAAAGUGGUCGAAACGAAACUAUUGCCCAAUUGGGUCAAGUCAUACAACGGAGACUUUGUGGCACUUCUGUACGCACUGGACAUCCAAUCGGAUCCCAAACUGAUCGAAAGAAUGCUAUUCUUAUACUUCGAUUACAUCGGCAAAGAUGUGAACGAAUUGAACGGAAAGACCGGAUUUCACACAUUUUUGGACGAUUUUAAGAAUCGUUUUCUCGAGAAAUUCAAUCUCUUGACCAAAGAAGACCUGACGGCGGAGAACGCAUUCUUGUGGCGAAUUGUGGCUAAAUAUUGCAAAGACAAAGACAUAACCGUCACAUUCAUACUCAACAACGACAACACCGACACCAAUGCAGAGGAGAUGUCCGACGGCUCACAACCGGCGGACACACAUCCAGAAGAGAUCGAUGGCAUUGAUCUCAUUGUUCCCGAUUUGCCACAUUAUUGUCAUUAUAUUAAUGUUUUUAUAAAACAGAUUCUGAUAAAAGAGUACGAAAUUCACGAAUUAAUGGAAUUUGAGUUUAUGUUCAAUCAAUUGCUUUCAAUGGGAGAACUCAUUGACAUCGGAGACGACGCCCAGAGACAAAUAUUGCGCAAAUGUAUGAUUGAUAUCCUAUCCAACGAAGAGCUCUUCAAUCGUAUCCACAAUUAUGUCCAGCAUUUGAUGAAAAUAUUUGCCAAAAACAGCGAU